AUGACACUGCCAGGAUCGUAUCUCCCGAAGAAGCUAUUGAAGAAUUUUGAGGAGCUAGUUGCCACAUGGCCCGAUGAUGUUCAGCCUGGGCCUGAUUUUUAUGGACUACCGUGGAAGCCUGUACUUCUCACUGUCUUCUUGGGAAUUGUUUCAUUUGCCAUUUUCUUCUGGAGAACUAUUCUUCUUGUAAAAGAUAGAGUAUAUCAAGUUACUGAACAGCAAGUUUCUCAAAAAAUUAAAGACAUCAUGAAAGAAAAUGAACUGGUGCAAAACUUGUCAAAUUAUGAACAGAAGAUCAAGGAAUCAAAGAAACAUGUUCAAGAAACCAAGAAACAAAAUACGAUUCUCUCGGAUGAAGCAAUUAAAUAUAAGGGUAAAAUCAAGCUACUUGAAGAAACUAAUGAGAUUCUUGAUGACAGAGCUAAAAGUCUUCACGUUAUGUUAGAAUCUGAGAGAGAACAGAAUGUCAAGAAUCAGGACUUGUUGCAGCAGGAAAUCGAGGACGGGAGUAAAUCACAUGCUGAGCUCAGUGAGCAAAUAAAAUCAUUUGAGAAGUCCCAGAAAGAUUUAGAAGUAGCUCUUACUCACAAAGAUGAUAAUAUUAAUGCUUUGACUAAUUGUAUUACACUGUUGAAUUGGAUAGAGUGUGAAUCGGAAUCUGAGGGUCAAAAUAAAGGAGCUGACUCAGAUGAAUUAGCCAAUGGAGAAGUAGGAGGUGAACAGAGUGUGAAGGUGAAAAAUAAAAUUAAGCAGCUGAUGGAUGUCUCUUGGACACAAACAGCAAUAUCAGUAGUUGAAGAGGAUCUAAAACUUUUACAACUUAAGCUAAGAGCCUCAAUGUCCACAAAAUGUAACCUAGAAGACCAAAUGAAGAAAUUAGAAGAUGACUGCAAUUCACUACAGUCUGCUAAAGCUGGGCUGGAAGAUGAGUGCAAAACUCUGAGGCAGAAAGUGGAGAUUUUAAAUGAACUGUACCAGCAGAAGCAGAUGGCUCUACAAAAGCAACUGAGUCAAGAAGAGUAUGAGAGACAAGAAAGAGAACAGCGACUGUCAGCUGCAGAUGAAAAGGCGGUUUUGGCUGCAGAGAAAGUUAAAACUUACAAGCGAAGAAUUGAAGAAAUGGAGGAAGAAUUACAGAAAACAGAGCACUCAUUUAAAAACCAGAUUGCUACUCAUGAGAAGAAAGCUCAUGAUAACUGGCUCAAAGCUCAUGCUGCAGAAAGAGCUAUAGCUGAAGAGAAAAGGGAAGCUGCUAAUUUGAGACACAAAAUGACCCAAAAGAUGGCAAUGCAGCAAGAUGAACCAGUGAUUGUAAAACCAAUGCCGGGAAGACCAAAUACACAAAAUCCUCCCUGGAGAAGUCCACUGAGCCAGAAUGACUCUUUUGGCCCAUCCCCUAUGAGUGGUGGAGAAUGUUCCCCUCCACUGACAGCAGAGCCAGCUGGGAGACCUGUCUCUGCUACUCUUAAUCAAAGAGAUAUGCCUAGAAGUGAAUUUGGGUCAAUGGAUGGACCUUUACCUUGUCCUCGAUGGUCUUCUGAGGCAUCUGGGAAACCCUUUGCCUCUGAAUCAGGAUGUGGUCCAGCUCCUGUGAACAGCAGCUCCGGGAGCUCUUCUCCAGCCAAGGUGGUGGAUGAGGGCAAGGUUAAUAUGGCUACAAAAGGGCCCCCUCCUUUCCCAGGGAUAUCUCUCAUGGGCUCCCCUGUGGGAGAGCCUCUACCACCACCUGUUUGGUAUGGACAGCCACUUCAGCUUGGUGGGCCUUUUGGGCCUCGGCCACUUCCUCCAUCAUUUGGUCCUGGUGUGCGUCCACCACUAGGCUUAAGAGAAUAUGCACCAGGUGUUCCACCUGGAAAAUGGGAUCUGCCUCUUCACCCUCGGGAAGUUUUACCAGGACCCACACCAUUUAGACCUUUAGGUUCAUUUGGUCCAAGAGAGUACUUCAUUACUGGUACCCGAUUACCACACCCAACCCAUGGUCCCCAAGACUACUCACCAUCACCUGCUGCAAGAGACUUAACACCUUCAGGCUCUAGAGAUGAGCCUUCACCUGCCUCUCAGAGCAGUAGCCAGGACUGUUCGCAGGCUUUAAAACAGAGCCCAUAA